AUGGCUUCUGAAUCGCUGGCGGCGGGGCCUUCCAAGCCGCAUGCCGAGGCGAGGUGUGCUGACCAACUCGAAAGUGGGGAUGUGCCCAGCGACUUGCAGACCUGGCAGCUCAGCGCCGCUCGCGUGCCGCGAGCGCAGCUCAAGGAGGCCCUGGAGGCUGCGGAGACACCACGGUGGCAGCUGCUAGGGGGUGAGCGUGCUCUGGACGCCGAGCUCCGGCGAUGGCAGCCCUCCUCCGACCAGGAGCCGCGGCUGGAAGGUCUUUGGAGGCCGGAUGGCGAGCUCUCUAUGCCGUGUGGCGGUGAAGCAAGCUUCUUCGGAGCCGACGAGGCAGUCCAAGAGGUACUUCUGCUUCGACACGAGCUUCAAACAGCCAGGGGCGAGGUGCGUCGCCUUUGGGCGCAGCUGGCCGCCCGCGACGGCCGCGUCGCGCGCCUCGAAGCAGAGUUGGCGCGAGUUGCACAAUGCCCUCUUUGCGGAAGCCAGACAGAGCUGGCUGCGUGA